AUGGGCUCCAAGAAGGACACUGCUCCUAUUGUAACCGAUAGGAAUUGGAAGGGCAUCGGUAUCUCCCUCUUUGUUAUUCUAGUUGUGCUUUCACUCAUCGGACUAUCAAUAUAUCUGCUAUCAAAAGAUGACAGUGGAAAGUUUCUCGGAUCACAGUUGAGUCUGGAUGACCUCUUGGAAAGGAACUUCCAAAUAUAUGAUCCUGACGCAAAGUGGAUCAGUGAAAAAGAAAUCAUCUUCAAUAAUUGGGAUGGAGAUUUACUGAAAAUCAACACAGAAAGCAACAAGACAGAGCUGUUGAUGAAAAACACAACUUUUUCCACCUUUAAAGCCUCAAAGUUUGCAGUUUCUCCAGAUCUGAACUUUAUUCUACUGGGAUACGAUGUCAAGCAGGUCUAUCAACACUCUUUCAUGGCAUCUUAUCUAAUCUACAACCUGUACACAAGAGAAGUGAUGGAGCUAAAUCCUCCAGAAGUCUCCAAUUCAGUCCUUCAGUUUGCUUCAUGGGGUGUUGGUGGUCAGCAGCUGAUAUACAUUUUCGAAAACAACAUUUACUACCAAUCAACUGUUCAGAGCAGCUCAUGGAGACUUACAUCAUCUGGACAGGACGGUGUCAUUUUCAAUGGUAUUGCAGACUGGCUAUAUGAAGAGCAAGUUUUGCACACUCAAGCAGCUCACUGGUGGUCACCUGAUGGCACAAGACUUGCUUACCUGGCUGUCAAUGAUUCCCUGGUCCCAAACAUGCUCCUGCCCCGUUACAUGGGUUCUGCUUAUCCAAGGGGCAAAGAGUACCCAUACCCAAAGAUGGGUCAAAUCAAUCCCACUGUAUCUCUUUAUGUUGUUUUGCUUGAUGGAAGCUCCCAAACAACUGAACUGUUCCCUCCGAACAGUCUUGUAAAGAGUGAAUACUACAUCACCAUGGUGAAAUGGGUGACAGUAGACAAGCUGGCUGUUCGCUGGUUAAAUCGAGCACAAAACAUGUCCAUUCUUUCGCUCUGUGACAUACACACUAUUGAAUGUACCAAGACACAUGUGAUGAUGUCAGAUAAGUGGCUAGACGGACAGACUGAAGAGCCAAUGUUUUCGAAGGACCGCACAAUAUUCUUCAUGGCAUUGCCAAUAAAACAAUUUGAACUUGGAACAUUCCGACACGUGACUAUGAUCUCCAACCAAGGAGAAGAUGUGAAAGUUCUCCCCUUGACCUCAGGAAGUUGGGAGGUCUCUCAAAUUCUGGGUUAUGAUGAGAGCACUGAAUUUGUUUAUUUCCUAAGUAAAGAGACAGGAACAACACAGCAACAGUUAUACAGGGUCUUAGCUGUGGAGCCAUUUCAAAAAGAAUGCCUCACCUGCUCUCUCUUCAAGUCACGAUGCACUUACUACAAUGCUGUCCUGAACAGCAACUAUCAGUAUGUUCUUCUCCAAUGCAGAGGCCCUGGAAUACCCCAAACUACUGUGCACCGAUUGGAUAAACUAAAAGAUUUCAUGACUCUGGAGAGAAACACAGUAUUACAGGAGACUCUCAUCAACCGGAAAUUACCAAAACGGGAAAAACGAACUGUUAAAAUCAACAACGUUGCUCUUCGUAUGGAGCUACUUGUCCCCAAUGAUUUUGAUGAUACAUAUAAACAUCCAGUACUUCUUAUUCUUGACAGUACGCCUGGUGGUGAGACUGUGAGCGACCGCUUAAGCAUCAGUUGGGAUUCCGCACUUGUCAGUUCAGCGAACGUCAUCGUGGCUCGACUGGAUGGUCGAGGAAGCAGCCUCCAGGGCCAGAAGGUCCAGCAUGGGGUCCACCAGCGAUUGGGCACUGCUGAUGUUGCUGAUCAGAUUGCAUUUAUAGAACACCUCAUCAAGCUCCCAUAUAUUGAUGGGAAUAAUGUUGCAGUUUAUGGAAAGGCAUAUGGGGGCUAUCUUGCAUCAAUCUUAUUACUCUCCUACAGCUCAACUUUCACUUGUGGAAUAGCAGUUGCCCCCAUAGUAAACUGGAGACUACAUGGGUCUGCUCUCACGGAGAAAUAUUUUGGAUAUCCACCUAAAGAAGAUCACAAAUACCAGGUUUCAAGUCUACUCAGUAACAUCACAGGACAUGGUCCAUUGAAAUUUCUUAUUAUCCAUGGCACAGCAGAUGCCACUGUUCAUUUCCAGCACACUGCUGAAUUGAUCAAAUUCCUAUCUUCAUCUAAUUUUAACUACACACUCCAGAUUUUCCCCGAUGAAGGACAUGAUAUUGCAUCCGCCAAGAGCCAGCGCUACAUGCUAAACUCUGUGUUCACUUUCUUCAAAGACUGUUUUGAGAAGGAAAAUGUGGUCGAGCAGCAGAAAUCGAAAGAUGAUGACUAA